AUGUCCGCCGAGAACCCAACCAUUCUUCCCGCCUCUAACGGCAACGGCAACGGCAACGGCGCCGCUGCCCCCGCCCGCGUCAACAGCUCUGCUCCCAAGAGCGAUGCCAACCUUGGUACCUUCGGUGUCAAGUCCGGUCUCGCACAGAUGCUCAAGGGUGGUGUUAUCAUGGACGUCGUCAACGCCGAGCAGGCUCGUAUUGCUGAGGAUGCCGGUGCCUGUGCCGUCAUGGCCCUCGAGAAGAUCCCUGCCGACAUCCGUGUCGAGGGUGGCGUCGCGCGUAUGUCCGACCCUGCCAUGAUCAAGGAGAUCCAAGAAACCACCACUGUUCCAUGCAUGGCCAAGGUCCGAAUCGGCCACUUUGUCGAGGCUCAGAUUCUUCAGGCCAUCGGUGUCGACUACAUUGACGAGUCCGAAGUGCUCACCCCCGCCGACGAGGCCCAUCACAUCAACAAGCACAACUUCAAGAUCCCCUUCGUUUGCGGUGCCAAAAACCUCGGCGAGGCUCUCCGUCGUAUUUCGGAGGGUGCCGCCAUGAUCCGAACCAAGGGUGAGGCCGGUACUGGGAACGUCGUCGAGGCUGUUCGUCACCAGCGCACCAUUCAGGGCGAGAUCAAGCGUGUCUCGUCCAUGAGCGACGAGGAGCUCUACGUCUACGCCAAGGACAUCCAGGCUCCCUUCCACCUUCUCAAGGAGACUGCUCGCUUGAAGCGAUUGCCAGUUGUUAACUUUGCUGCCGGUGGUAUCGCUACCCCUGCCGAUGCUGCUCUCAUGAUGCAGCUCGGCAGUGACGGUGUCUUUGUCGGCUCUGGCAUCUUCAAGGGCAACAACCCUGAGCAGCGUGCUCGUGCCAUCGUCGAAGCCGUUACCCACUACAACGACCCUGCCAAGCUUGCCGCUGUUUCCGAGAACCUUGGCGAGGCCAUGGUCGGUCUCAACAUCACCAAGGACUUGAAGGGUGGCCGCCUUGCUGACCGCGGCUGGUAA